AUGUGGUGUGCAUCUACAGCAACGUCUCUUCUAUCGAUUGCGCUACUUUUUGUCCCUAGAAACGUCGUACAAGCCGAGCAUCAAGCGUUCAGCCACGUCGAGUCGCAGAUUCCGCCCCCCCUGGACUUUACGGGCCUGCACACCCUUUCUGGGCCGGCUCAUCGAGCGUUCAAGAACCAGUUGAAGCUCCAGAUACAAGGCGAGAGCUGUUUGCUGUACCACGUGGCGGGUACAUGGUGGCACUAUGAGUGGUGCGUCGAUCGCCACGUCCGUCAGUUCCAUGCUGUGACUCAAGACCAAGCGAGCAGUACAGUUGAGCAGAGUAUAUUACUUGGGGUAUCCAGUGGUGAAGAGCCUGAACCUUUGCAAGUUGUUGCUGUCGACAACCAGCUGAAACUCGCAGAACCGGACCGCAUGGGCUACAUGACUCAAGAACUCUAUAGUCACGGGGAUUUCUGCGAACAAAGUGACGCCCCUCGAUCGGUAAUGGUGCAAGUAAGAUGCUGCCUUUUUCGAGACAAUGAAACGUACGUGGACUUUGUAAACGAGCUUUUUCCGUGUGAGUACGAGGUCACGGUGUGCUCGCCAGUAGCGUGCGGGCUGAUGCAGCAGGAUCAGUUUGUAUCGACCGCACGGAAUUUUAUGGAAGAGGACGAGCGCAAAGCACUGACUCUUACAGUGCGAGACAUGUUCUAUCAUGCGUAUAACGGCUACUUGAGACAUGCGUUCCCGCAGGAUGAUUUGCAACCGCUAUCGUGUCGUGGGGGAGAGUUCGAACUGGGCCGAUUACCGAUGCUUACGUUGAUUGAUACGUUGGACACGUUGGCUGUGUUUGAGGACGCGACGGAGUUCCGAAGAGCUGUGGGGCUCGUAGUGGCAAAUGCCGAUUUUAAUCUAGAUACGGAAGUGUCGGUGUUUGAAACGACGAUCCGAGUGCUGGGCGGGCUGUUGUCAGCGCAUCUUUUCGCGAUAAAUAUGGACCUGAACUUGUAUCCAGAAGGUGGAUACGAGCAUGAUGCGCUCUUACACCUCGCUGUAGACGUUGCUGACCGUCUCAUGCCCGCGUUCGACACUUUGACGGGGAUACCAUACGGCACUGUAAAUUUGAAACACGGCGUGCCCAAGGGGGAAACGCCGAUCGCCUCAACUGCUGGUGCUGGAUCGCUUUCGGUCGAGUUUACAAUGCUGAGUGUCCUGACAGGUGAUCCUAAGUAUGCUGCUGCGUCGCGCGGGGCUGUACGCGCACUGUUCGAGCACCGCUCAGAUAUUGGCCUGGUCGGAAAGCAUAUCGAUACCAGAACUGGUGAUUGGACUGAGGCAUCGUCAGGUCCAGGGGCCAAUUCGGACAGCUUUUAUGAGUAUUUGAUGAAGAUGUACGAGCUAUUUGGUGACCGUGAGUCGUUAGAGAUGUUCGCGCAAGUCUACCCAAGUGUGCUGACACACAACAAACACGGCGACUGGUACACUGACGUAUCCAUGUUUUCGGGCUGCCAUCAUCGCAAAGGAAGCUAUGCUAUUAUCGUUGAGAGUCUUGCCUCCUUUUGGCCUGGCAUGCAAGUUGCUGCGGGCGACUUGACUUCUGCUGCAAAGUCGAUGAACUCUUUUUAUCGUAUCUGGCGCGACUAUGGAUUCCUGCCGGAACAGUUCAACGUGGAAAUUUGGAAACCCGUGAAGUCGCGGGAUGGGAGUGGCGCCCGGUAUCCACUGCGCCCAGAGCUCAUCGAGUCGACGUUUUACAUGCACGAAGCCACUAAUGACUCAUCGUGGCUGCGUGCUGGUGCGCAUGUGGUUCAUUCGCUACAAAAAUACGCAAAGACCCCGUGUGGUUAUGCAAGUAUUGCCGACAUUGAGUCCAAGAAACAGGAAGACUACAUGCCUUCUUUCUUUCUUUCUGAGACUUGCAAGUAUCUUUACCUGCUUUUCAACACCACGCACUUCUUUCGGCAAGGCAAUUACGUAAUGACGACCGAGGCUCAUCCACUGCCACUUCUCUCGACAAAGGUCGUUGAGCCAAUUUUGCAAGCGACGGGUGCAGAGGUGAAAAAUAAAGGACCGGCGUACGGCAAUCGCUACUCGCCUGAGCUAGUCAUGCGAUGUGAAGUGCCCAAGUUCUAUGACCUGAUUGGUUUCUCUCCUCAUUACGAGGGCGAGGUCAUGGAACUGACACCGCGAUGCUCACCGCCCUCUCUGCCCUCGAAGGACUCUGUACCAGCCACGGAAGCGAGUGGAAUGGCCACUUCGAAGGAUGUGCUGUCAGCGACGGCAAGGAAUGAUAUAGCUGGUUCCACAGUUGAUGAAAAGCUUGAUGUUGAUGUGCUGCAGGAACUGUCGCCUACAAUGGAGGAGAGACUUCAGAAGUUUGGUAGAAAGAAUAUCAGCGGUGAGCUGCUUGAGUUGUUGAGAAAAAGCCUUCACCGAGCAACGCCCCGUGACGAUUCUUCGACUGAGCAAAAGGAUCAUGAUCAUACGGUGCAGUACGUGUAUGGUGGUAGCAACUUGGGGGAAUUUCGGGUUGAGCAGCUACCAAAUCGAAUGCGCGUGACUCGGGUAGAGACAGGCGAUUGGAUCGAAGCAUCUGGCAUUCUUGAUGACAGCCAUGUGAUGAUAGGAUAUGGGCCCCAUGAUGGUCUGGCAAGCAAUGGUGACGAUGAUUCGUACACUUUCGAGGAGUCAAGAGAAGAAAAGCUUGAACAAAGCAACAAUCAUGGUCCGCCCUUCUUGUCAUGGAAUCACGUGUACAAGGUCGAUGACACUCUAAAUAUGUCGGUAGACCAGCGGUGCUCAUUACGUGUUCAAGUGGGCUACAAGCCUUAUCCAGGAGAAGCUCAGCAUGACGAAAAGGGGUCGCCCCGCGUCGACAAAGAUGUGAAGGGCAAACCCAAUGCCUGGCUUGAAGUACCUUGUGUUGGUGCUGGCUUUGGUGCGACCAACACGCUCCAAUCAUCUCAUGCUUUCCCGGUAUUGGAACUUGUCGCUGCUCGUCCGGCUACUGCAUGCGGCGAAGUGCCUGAUGUGGAGGAGGACCUUGUCCGAGGUAAAAUGGUGCUCAUCCGAAGAGGUGAAUGUUACUUCGAAGUGAAAGCGCGUCAUGCGGCCAAGCAGGGCGCAGUGGGCGUCAUUAUUGUUAACACAGAAGACAACGACCUUGUGAUAGUUAUGAGUGGAAUGGACGAGAACAGUGACAAUGUGACGGAUGUUUCGCUGGGCAUUCCUGUAGUGAUGAUUCCCAGGCGACUUGGUGAGUGGUUUGAGACCCGCCUGGUUGAAGCGCAAGCAUUUUCACUCUCUCCUGUCCAAGUCGGUGUCGAGGUAGUUGUGAGGAAUCAUCAACGCAAAGUCUCGACUGCUGACGAAAGCUCAAUCACUGACGAUCGCUCCUUCCCGUGGGUGGAUGGAGAUGUUGGGAACAUGAAGGUCUACGGCCCUGUGUGGGGCAUCGACCUCGUCAUUGCGGAUUUGGACACGGACACGAGCCAAGGGCAACAAGGCGAGCACCACCACGAGACCUACACCAUCACUAUUGUCGACACAUCAAAAAAGUGGCAAUAG